GAUCAGGACUGAAUGCGCCAAACUGCCAAGCAGGUCGUGCGGACUUGGUGUGGGUCUUCGCCACAGUCUGCUUGGUGGAGGCGAAUCUGGCAGGCACAAAGCUCGACACCAUCCCACGUGGAGGAUGUCUUUUCGAUUUCAUCGGAUGGCUAGCUCCAGUCCAGGCCCUGUCCGUGUUUAAAUACAUAGUGACCGGCCCGCGUCUGCAUCUCGUCUGCAUCCCUCUCUCCAGCAGAACGAUCAACUUCAACAGCCAGAGUUGCUGUCUCACCUGAGCACGCCGCUGCAGACGUGCAAAGCAACACCGCCAAGAUGCCUCUUCAUCAAUUUGACUAUCUCUUUGCCAUUGGCACCAUAUUCGCCGCGCUCGAUGCGUGGAACAUUGGUGCAAAUGAUGUCGCCAACUCAUGGGCGACGUCGGUCGCGUCCCAGUCACUUACCUACUUCCAAGCCAUGAUCAUCGGAUCUAUCAUGGAAUUUGCUGGAUGUGUCGGCGUCGGGGCACGUGUCGCCGAUACCAUUCGGACCAAGGUCGUUGAUACAUCGCUCUUCGAAGAAACCCCGGCCAUGCUCAUGCUCGGAAUGGUCUGUGCUGUCGUGGCUUCAUCCGUAUAUCUAACCAUCGCCACGAAAAUCGGGUUCCCUGUCUCGACCACCCACUCCAUCAUGGGUGGCGUCAUUGGCAUGGGCGUUGCUGCCGUCGGCGCUAACGGUGUCCAAUGGGUAGGAAAGGGCGGUGGCACUGGUGCCAUCAACUCUGGUGUGGUGCAGGUCUUCCUUGCAUGGAUCAUCGCCCCAGGCAUCUCUGCUUGCUUUGCUGCCAUUAUUUUCCUGGUCACCAAGUACGGUGUCAUGAUGCGGAAGGACCCGGUCAAGAAGGCCUUGUUCUAUGUUCCGGUCUACUUCGCGCUCACAGCAGCUCUUCUGUGCAUGCUGCUCCUCUGGAAGGGUGGCAGCUACGAGAUCCAUCUCACCGAGCCUGAGAUUGCCGGCACCAUCGUCGGUGUCGGUGCGGGCUUCGGCCUGCUCGUUGCUGUCACGCUGAUGCCGUGGCUGUACCGCCUCAUCAUUUGCGACGACUGGCAGCUUCGUUGGUACCACAUCCCCAUGGGCCUCCUCCUGCUCCGCCGCGGACCUGCCCCGCCUCCUCCCGAGGGUGAGGCGCCUAUUGUCAAGGACUACUACGAGGGCCGCAUGACCAAAGAGCAACUCGAGGCGAAGAGGGCGGCGGAACGCGGCGAUGUCGAAAUCGUUCCUGGGCAAGAGAAGGCCGAUAAGGCUGCGAACGGCGAGGGCUCUGAUGCCGCAUCUACAAAGCGCCCCAACCAGAGCCCUCUGGCCGAGGUUCGCAAGGCACCGAAGAAAAUCGUCGGACCCAGGCCCGAUGUUCCGUGGUAUUCGGGUGCCAUGAUCUGGUGGGCCUUCAAGUGGCUGAUCUUCCGCGGACUCGACAAGGAAGUCGUCAACGCCAAGAGCACGCACGACAAGCUUGCCUCGAACCUCGAUGAGGUCCAUGCCCACGCCGCGCAUUACGACAACAAGGCCGAGUACAUGUACAGUUUCCUCCAAAUUAUGACGGCUGCCACCGCUUCCUUCACUCAUGGUGCCAACGACAUCUCGAACGCCAUUGGUCCCUACGCUACCGUCUACCAGAUCUGGAAUGAUGGCGCGCUCCCGGAAAAGGGCAAGGCCGAGGUGCCCAUCUGGAUUCUCGUUUUCGGCGGUGCCUGCUUGGUGAUCGGUAUCUGGACCUACAGCUACAACAUCAUGCGAAACUUGGGCAACCGCCUCACUCUUCAGUCGCCCUCUCGUGGCUUCUCCAUGGAGCUCGGCUCGGCCAUCACUGUCAUCCUGGCCACACGGUUGAAGCUGCCCAUUUCCACGACCCAGUGCAUCACUGGCGCCACCGUUGGUGUCGGUCUCUGCUCCGGAACCUGGCGCACUGUCAAUUGGCGCAUGGUCGCGUGGAUCUACCUUGGCUGGAUCAUCACGCUGCCUGUAACGGGUAUUAUCUCGGGCUGCCUUAUGGGCAUCAUCAUCAACGCCCCUCGCUGGGGCUACCAGGGCUAAAAAGGGGGCGUCUGUAGGAGUUCGUUGGUGAAUGCUAGGCAAGUUGUGUUUUGAAGGCCGAGCUUUGUGGAUAAGGUUGCAUCUUUCCUUUUACGUUUUACAGGCUUGAAGAAUACCCCAGGAGGUGCGAUAUUGGAUUCUGGCUAUAAUAGAGAUGAUCAUUCAUGAACC